CAAUUACAAGCUUGCCACUUAAUUUUGUAUAAAAUUCAAUAAUUAUUCGCAUCCGUACUUAAAAAUGUUGAAGGUUUCGAUUCUUCUACUGCUUGGCUGGCUGGGGUCGGACGCAUUUGCAGUCCCGGUAGCACGGCCCGAACCACCAAGGAAACCGACGAAUUACACUCUGCCAAUGGAAUAUCCUGACUUUGCAAUCCCUUCUUUUGACAUUAAAUACACAGAGGAGCAACUUAGGUCGAAAUCCGGACUCGUCGAUGAACGGUACCGAUGGCGAAAUGGAUUCAUAGUACAUCCAAGUCGGGAUUUUACUGCGUCCGAGUACAAAGUGAUUAACGACACCCUGUACGAACUGAGGACCCAUUUGUGCAUUCCAGUUUUGAUUUGGCCGCAAAAUUCUAACCCGACCGGGGAUUAUGUCGAAAUUGUUCGUGGCGGUGGGGGUAGUGGGUGUUGGUCGUACUUGGGACGAUUGGGUGGUAGGCAGAAUAUGAACCUUCAAUACAACGGGUGCAUUGUGAAAUACAUCGUGAUCCAUGAAUCGAUUCAUGCCCUUGGAUAUGACCAUGAGCAAGCUCGAACGGAUCGUGAUUCAUUUGUGAGAAUUCUCUGGAACAAUAUCAUUCCGUCUCAACAGCAUAAUUUUAACAUUCGUCCGGGAUCGAACACUUUUGGUGUUCCGUACGAUAUCGACUCCAUCAUGCAGUACGCGAGUACCUCUUUCAGCCAGAAUGGACAGCCCACCAUUGUCACACUGACGGGUCGCUCCAUUCCGACAAAUAAAGCUCUAACUUGGUAUGAUGUUCAGAAGUUGAAGAGGAUGUAUAACUGUUAAUUAGUUGUACUGAUAUUUUAUGUACAAUGUCUGAUAUUUAUUGCGUUAAAUGCAAUUGCUGUAACAAUCUUACUUUGAGUAAUAAAUAGUUAACUUUUGAAUAGUUAUAAACUGAA